AUGCGCCCCUGUACCGCCUCCUCAUGCUGCUGCCAGGCCCGUAAUCUGCCAUGGGCCCCUGUACCGACUCCUCAUGCUGCUGCCAGGCCCGUAAUCUGUCAUGGGCCCCUGUACCGCCUCCUCAUCAUGCUGCUGCCAGGUCCAGAGUGUGUCAUGGGUCCCUGUACGGCCUCCCAUUGCUGCUGUCUCUAUCGCCACACUCUGCCAUGUGCCACUUUCAGGUCUCCUCACACUGCUGGUGGUUUCCAUUUUUGUCAUAGGGUGCUGUAUGGCCUCCCAUUGCUGCUGCCUCCACCGCCACACUGUGGCUCCACACUCUGGUUUUGGCCCCGUGACUGCCCAAAUGAGUGAAGUGUGCGGUGAUUCUAAGAUCGACGGCACUCAUCUGCAUGUCAUACUGACUGACAGUAUUAUUUCUCUUCCCCCAGCAGACUCCAAGGGCAUUUAAAUUAAAGGUACAGUGUUCUGCACUAAUAUUA